AUGUCCGGUCAGCACUCUAGUCAAUUAUUGCUGUUAUUCCUCCUGAUCAAGGUUCUUAUACUGGUGCACAGGAGAAAUAAUGUGGCCAAGCUCUUGUAUCUGUUUACUCUGGGUGAAAGGACGCACUUUGGCCAGAUCGAGUGUUUGAAGCUUUUGGCCUCCCACCGUUUCGCAGACAAGCGGCUGGGCUACCUGGGUACUAUGUUAUUGCUAGAUGAGAACCAAGAAGUAUUGACGCUGGUAACGAACUCUUUGAAGAAUGACCUUAAUCACUCCAACCAAUACAUUGUCGGCCUGGCACUUUGUGCCCUGGGCAACAUCGCUUCCGUUGAAAUGUCUCGAGACCUGUUCCCCGAAGUCGAAGCCCUUAUGUCCACCGCGAACCCUUAUAUCCGGAGAAAGGCAGCACUGUGCGCGAUGCGCGUUUGUCGCAAGGUUCCUGACCUACAGGAGCAUUUCCUAGAGAAGGCCAAGACUCUUUUGUCAGAUCGGAACCACGGUGUUUUGCUAUGUGGUUUGACCUUGGUCAUCGAUAUGUGUGAGGCAGAAGAAGCCGAGGAAGGUCAAGAAGGAGUAAUCGAGAUGUUUAGGCCUCUUGCUGGCGGGCUUGUGCGCGCCCUGAAAGGGUUGACAAGCUCAGGCUAUGCUCCAGAACAUGACGUCUCUGGUAUCACGGAUCCUUUCCUUCAGGUCAAGAUUCUACGCUUGCUUAGAGUUCUCGGACGGGGAGACGCGGCAACCAGCGAGUCAAUCAAUGAUAUUCUGGCGCAGGUGGCGACCAACACCGACUCGACCAAGAAUGUCGGUAAUGCCAUCCUCUACGAGGCUGUACUCACUAUCCUUGACAUUGAGGCGGAUUCAGGUCUUCGAGUACUAGGUGUCAACAUUCUCGGAAAGUUCCUUACAAACAAGGACAACAAUAUUCGAUAUGUCGCUCUUAACACCCUGAACAAGGUCGUCGCCAUCGAGCCCAAUGCCGUACAGCGGCACCGCAACACGAUUUUGGAGUGUCUCCGCGACCCGGACAUCAGUAUCCGAAGACGAGCUCUGGACUUGAGUUUUAUGCUUAUCAAUGAGAGCAACGUCCGCGUUCUUGUUCGUGAACUGCUUGCCUUCCUGGAGGUCGCCGACAACGAGUUCAAACCUGCAAUGACGACGCAAAUAGGUAUUGCUGCCGACCGCUAUGCUCCCAACAAACGCUGGCACGUGGACACCAUCCUCCGGGUGCUCAGGCUUGCUGGCGCGUACGUGAAGGAACAGAUCCUGUCCUCCUUUGUCCGCCUCAUCGCCACUACUCCAGACCUGCAGACUUACUCUGUGCAGAAGCUCUAUUUGGCGCUGAAGGAGGACAUUUCCCAGGAGGGUCUCACUCUCGCCGCCACCUGGGUCAUUGGGGAAUACGGGGACAAUCUCCUGCGGGGUGGCCAAUAUGAGGAAGAAGAGCUGGUCAAGGAGGUCAAGGAGAGCGACAUCGUCGACCUUUUCAACAACAUCCUCAACAGCACUUAUGCUACGCAGACUGUGAUUGAGUACAUCACCACGGCUUCGAUGAAGCUGACUGUGCGCAUGUCGGACCCAGCUGAGAUCGAGCGCCUCCGUCGCUUCCUUAGCAGCCGAACCGCCGAUUUGAGCGUUGAGAUUCAACAGCGGGCUGUAGAGUACACUAAUCUGUUUGGAUUUGAUCAGAUCCGCCGCGGCGUUCUGGAACGGAUGCCUCCCCCUGAGAUCCGGGAAGAGCAGAGAGUCCUGGGCGCUCCGACCAAAAAGCGCCAGAGCAAGCUGUUGAAAGACAAGUCUAAGAAGCCAGUCAAACAAGCCGAGCAGGACAUGCUACUCGAUCUCAUGGGUGGCGAUGCUCCAGAAACCUCUCCAACCACCAACGGCUCUCAGAACACAGCCGACCUUUUGGCAGAUAUCCUCGGUGGCGAUUCAGGCCUGUCAUCACCAUCUCCUCAACCUGCGCAAAAGCCGGCUGGAUCCGUCAAUACUAGCGCGAUUAUGGGCCUCUUCGACUCCAAUGGCACUUCGCCUUCUCCCAGCGUAACGCAGCCCGCAUCUUCCGGGUUGGACCUCUUAGGAGGCCUUGGGUCUACUGCGUCGCCCGGUCCAAGCCCUGCACCUUCGACUCCCGUGCACACAGCAUACAACAAGAAUGAUUUGACACUCACGCUUCAGGUCCAACGUGCCAGCAAUGGCAAUGCGCAAAUUCAAGCACGGUUCCGUAAUGUCGGUAAUUUUGGUCAAUUCUCCAAUGUCGGAUUACAGGCGGCUGUUCCCAAGAGCCAGCGUCUCCAGCUGAACGCGAUCAGCAAGGCAGAUCUAGAAGCUGGCGAUGAGGGCAUUCAGAUGCUCAAAGUUGCAGGCUUGACCGGGGCCCUCCCGCCUAAACUUCGUCUACGUCUGCGGAUCACAUAUGCCAAGGAUGGUUCAGACCCUGUGACGGAUCAGGUUGACUGGACCGAGCCAUGA